AUGGAAUCAUGGUGGCGACCAAAUGAAAUGCAAGGAUAUCUAAAUCUUGACGCUACUCCAACAGGAGAUCUUCUGCCCUGGUCCUCAGCUUCUCCACCUUAUAGAGUCUCUGAUGACUUGACCGAAUUCGAAAAUGAAAUGAAUGCAGCUGCACCUACUAUGAUUCGCAUGGCACAUGGAAUUCUGGAAACAAUUAGAGAGCAUCAUGAAGAUUUCAGAUGGCCGGUUAUGGGCCAUGAUGAUAUAGUAUUUUUUGUAGACAAUAUACUUGAUAUUCUUGCCAAACAUGACCAUACUGCUCGGGUGGCCAAGCUGAACUUGUUUUGUCAAAUUUUCGGUACUCGUUUAACAUGUCUGGUGGAGCGGGAUGUUUUUUCAGUUGUCCCUUUAGCGAAAGCAUUAGCAAAUGGUAUGGAGAACUGUCCAAGGAGAUAUGCACACUUGAAUACUGCUGCCCUAAUUAUAAUGUCUUGUACAGCUGAUUUUGGAGUGAAUCUUUCACCUGAGAAAGACCAAUGUGGGAUAUAA